AAGAGGGAGAGAGAGAGAGAGAGACGAAAUGGUGGCCGUUCGAGGAAUUCUUCUGAACGAGUUGGUCCUUUUUGUCGAAGACGACGAAGGAAAUCUGGGUUUUCAGUCUGGAGCAGAGGUUCUUCUUCGUAGACUCAAGUAUUCUAAUCUCCGUGUGGGGAUUUGUUAUGCAGCGGGUGUUUCAACUCAGAAGAUGGCAUUUCUUAAGAGUGCGGCAACCCUUUAUUUGUUAGAUGUCUUUAUGUGGAAUGCAUCUUCUGUGGACGAUGCUAUCAAUGAGAUCUUACUAUCAUGGGGUGACAUUGGAGGAAGUUGUUUCUAUGUUGCUACUUGUGAAGACAAGGACCUCACUCUUAAGAUCAGCAAUCAUGGAUGGCUCCCUGUUGUUAAAAGGACUGUAGGUGUCAAUACAGAAGAGAAUUCGAAGUUGCUGCUUAUUAACAAGCUGGAAGAGUUGCCUUUGACUAUUUGCCAUUUUAAUAGAAAGGGAACAGGUAGUAGUGUUGUGACUGUUGGUUAUAUGAUGAAACCUUCUCGGGAAGAAGAUUUUGCAAAGAGAGGUGCAUUCCCUAUGUAUCCUACUCAAAAUGGGUUGAUAUUUGUUCCUCUCAUAUUUGAUCUCCCUCUAGAAUCUCAACUGCAAGAAGUUGAUGUGGUUCUACACAAAGCAACUGAUGAAAUUCUGACCAUUGAAUUGAGCAGUUCUUCAGAAUUUUCAAACAAAAUCUCUUAUUCCAAGGGCAUGCAGGAAUUGGAAAGGUAUCUCCAACAUCACCCAGACUGUUGUGUAAUUGAUCCGCUCAAUAACAUAUAUCCUGUGCUGGAUCGGCUUAGGAUCGAAGAGAUUUUACUUGGGUUGGAAGAUCUGAACAGAGAAGGUCGAUGUAGAAUCCGGGCCCCGCAUUUUGUAAAGGUUGACAAUUUUAAAGAGGCUAAUUUGGGAGAAAGGCUAUUGGAAGCCAAACUGUAUCUUCCAAGUAUUGUAAAACCACAAGUUGCUUGUGGGGUUGCCGAUGCCCACAGUAUGGCUAUCACCUUUAGAAUUGAAGAUUUUGAGGACCUAUCUGUUCCUCUUCCAUCUGUUAUUCAGGAAUAUGUAGAUCACUCGUCUUUGCUGUUCAAAUUUUAUGUCUUAGGUGAGAAAGUUUUUCAUGCUGUCAAGAAGUCUACGCCUAAUGCAGAUGUCUUAUUCUCUUCAUAUGAGAAAAAUGGACUCAAACCUAUUACGUUUGACAGCCUGAAAUCUCUACCUACUGCUAAAGAAGACAAGCAAUGCAGAGAUGAGGUCACCUCCAAGACCAAUAAACAUGCUCUUGAUCUGGGAUUGGUAACAGAUGCUGCAAAUUGGCUUAAGAGAACAUUGGAUCUUACUAUCUUCGGUUUUGAUGUUGUUAUCCAAGAAGGAAGUGGAGACCAUGUCAUUGUGGAUGUGAACUACCUACCUUCAUUCAAGGAAUUGCCCAAUGAUGUUGCCAUACCCGCCUUUUGGGAUGCUGUCAAGGCCUCAUAUGAAUCAAGAAGGACAAGCUAGCCAAAGUCCCAUUUCCCUGAUUACACUUCCUCCAGGAGUUUUGGUCUUUACAGAACAUAGUUGAGACCUAGAGAGGAUGAACGGCGCCCGCUCUAGUUCA